AUGCGCAACAAGUGGAAGGGUGGAGGCCGCUUCUUUAUCGGCGAGGUUCUUGACCUCUACACAAAAGGGUCAGGUCGACAUUGUUCCGUGGAUACGGUGGACAAAGCUAGUGACCUAUCCUAUCUCUCUCUCCGUGUCUAUCUUCCUUUGAGUCUUUCUCAGGGCGUCUACGACGAUGAUUCCGACAGCGAAGAUUCUGAAGAUGAGCCACCAGAGUUCUCCUGCCAUUACAGGUCUUUUGAGCUUCAUACACAUGGUAAAGGCUCCUCACUCUUGUACAAUCUCGGGCCGCACAUCUUUAAGACUCUCGAUGCCGAUCCGCUUCGAUCAGUGCUCAAACCCGUCGUUGCAUCAAGGUGGCGAGGCGAGCAUUCACGAAGCCGGUGGUGA